UUCUCAUGUACAAACUUUGCAAGCUGGCCGACAUUUUCAUUCCAGACGGCAAAUGGUGUAGACAUGCAUUUUAUCAGAUUUCUUUCGAUGUUAAGUUGUUUCGUUUACCAUACGGUUGAGUGCGCGUUCUGCGAACAACCCUUCACAGUAACAAAAGGUUGUACAGAAAAAAACUACUGCGACUCUGGGUACAAAUUUCUUGUUCGGUCUGAAGAUGUGGCGGCAGCAAUGAAGGAAGUGACGUCAUCCUUAAACUCGGAGUAUCAACGCCGCUGUUGGGCAUGCGCAAAUCACCAGAACCUUUCUGCUACACCCCGUGACUGCCAGGACUGGUAUGCUUCGGGAUUUCAUGAUAGCGGUGAUUACACCAUCUAUCCGACCCCGGGAAUUACUUUUCAGGUCCGUUGUGACAUGACGACGGAUGGAGGAGGAUGGACGGUAAUACAAAGACGGGCCUCCGCCAGCGACUUCUACAAAUCUUGGGCCGAAUACACGGCCGGGUUUGGUGAUGAACAUAACUUCUGGCUCGGCAAUGAGAAAGUCUUUGCACUGACAGGCUCAGGGGGCUACAAACUACGAGUUGAUUUGACAGCAAUCGGAGGUGCAACCGCAUACGCGUCAUAUCAACAGUUUGCAGUCGCAGGGGAGAAAGAUGUGUACAGAUUGUCGGUCUCAAAUUAUAUUGGAACUGCGGGCGAUAGUCUGUCGUAUUCGAACAAUAUGGCGUUUAGCGCUAAAGAUCGUGAUAAUGAUUUGGAUGUUGGGAGCUGUGCUUUAUAUUUGCAAAGCGCCUGGUGGUACAACGCAUGCCGCCAUGCAGAUUUAAAUGGGCCUUAUGGUGGAGACAGAUAUAUAAGAGGACUUAUUUGGUAUCAUUGGCAUGGCAAUUCGGAGUCGUUAGCAAGUUCAGAAAUGAAAAUACGGAGAAAAUAAAUAAUUGCUAAGGAUUGCUAUUGACAUCAAAUAUGUAAUGCAUUAGCCAUCAAUUUAUUUGUUUUUGUCUACAGAAGGUUUUUGACUCUAUUGACUCAUUAACUGUAUUGUAGGGUUAUGUUCUCCAAGGAAUACUACUAUAAAAUACCAUAUGUCUUCUAAUAUGCAUUAAGUAUUUUCCUUGCAAUGUUAUUUCUACAUAUGCUAUACAAAUUGCUUUUGUUAACAGAAGGUGUUUAAUUCUUUUUGUUUUACGGGCUCCAUAUAAGGUAACAUAUGCGGUCGUACAAUCAAAGUAUAAGUGCCUUUGUAUAUCUACAUAUUUCAUAUGUUAAAGUCGUUCAACUUAAACCAUUCAGUAACAAAAUCGUAUUGAUCGCUUGUGUAUAUUUGACACUUAGCUCAUUGAGUUUAUGGUAGGGUUAUGUUUGCUAAGGAAUGUUACUAUAAAAUGCCAUAUGUCGUCUAAUUUAUUUAGCCUUUUCCUUGCAAUUUUAUUUGCUACAUAUGCUAUACACAUACAAUAUGUGCGACAAUAUAAGAAAUCAACUGAUAUUAAACUCAUAUCAGCUUUAACAUGCAGCAAACUGGAUCAGUUUUUAAAAUAAAGUAUAUGAAUGUUUGAA